AUGGGUAUUAUACAGUCUAUACGCAAGUUUGGGCUAGAUUAUUGUGAUCUGCCAACCAUGGUGUGGAAUAUAGGUGUGAUGCUCCGAUUAGUCACACUCAACGUGGACCCUCGACAUAAAAAAGGAAUUCCAAUUAUUUUCUACAUAAUAACGUUCCUAACAGCCUGCUCUUUCUAUUAUGCAUAUUUGAUCUCUUCCCUUUGGUUUCUAUUCGUGAGAACCAGAGAGACUAAGAACAUGGUUUUGGGCAUGGUGGGCUUUUCUAUAUCUCUGUGUAGUGAAAUAGGACCUACUAAACUUUUCUUCUUAAUAAUGAACAGAAAAGAAAUAAGGACCUUAAUUGGGAAGUGUCUAGAACUUGACUCGCAUGUUAUACCCGGUAGCCGGUUUCAUAAAAAUCUUAUGAAGAAAAUGAGAAACGUAAAAAAACGCUAUAUGUUUUUCUGGACCGUGGUCACGUGUAACGGUCUACUUUACAUAAUUCGACCCAUCUUCUUGUCUGGACGGCACUCGUUGGAUGACAACUUUGUUUAUUAUGGUCUGGAGCCGAUUUUGGAAACACCCAACUAUGAGAUCAGCUACAUAAUUGGUACAACAUCUACAAUAUACGUGUUGCAUCUUACAACAAACAUCACUGGAUUACUCAUAACAUUAACUGGUUACGCGGAAUCACAAAUUAUUAGUUUAGGCGAAGAAUUUCAAGAGCUUUGGAACGACGCUGAGAAACACUACCAAGAAAUUGCUAGAACUAAUGAUGCACCAGAAACAACAAAUGAUGAGAGGGCAAUAAAUAUAAAGAAUGAAUAUAUUAAAAGACAAUUACACCACCUGAUUAAUAUGCAUAUUGCUACCACACAAAUUUUGCGUGAUACAGAACUUGUAUUCAGAGGUGCUCUUGCAGCGGAAUUUGUUCUUCUAAUACUGAGUUUAAUAGCUGAACUUCUUGGUGGUUUGAACAAUACAUACUUGCAGGUUGUUUACGGGUUCAUCAUAGUAGGAAUGGAUUGCCUCGCGGGUCAGAGGAUCAUGGAUGCAGGUGUGACUUUCCAAAAGUCAGUUUAUGAAUGCAACUGGGAAAAUUUCAAUGCUAGAAACAUGAAAACUAUUUGGAUGAUCAUUUUGAAUUCUCAAAAACCGUUGAAUUUAUCAGCUGGAGGUCUUGCUAUGUUAAAUUUGGGCAUUUUAAUGACUUUUGCUCGGUCUAUAUAUUCCGCUUAUACCGCUUUUAGCUCACGUGUUAGUCAUUAA